AUGAAGUCCGUAGAGUCAUUAUUCGAAGGGAACAACGACAAUGGAGACGAGAUCGUAGGCUACGAAAGGAACUCUUCAGAUGAAGACGACGAUGACGACGACGACGAUGUUGAUCAAGUUCCUGCUAAUGGUGGUUCAGGAGCCUCAACGUUUACUCAGAACACACCUCAGCCUCAAUCUAUAAUGCCUGGUAUUAGUCGAAUUGCUGGAUCCUUAUAUAAGUCUCAGUUUUAUCCUGAUGAUGAUAAUACUGUAAUUGGUGAAGACUACUUGGUGGUGGGGUUGAAGUCUCAUGAGUCUAUUAUGAUACAUGGUCAAUGCAAAGUUACUAUACAGCGAGGAGCAGUUCUUGUUAACGAUAUUCAUUAUUUGAGCUCGAAUUCCACAAAAGAGUACCAAUUACUUGCCAGCUCAUCCCAAGCAUUGCCCCAUAUAUCCAGUACUCAAGUAGAGAACAUGGAAGAGAUCCAUGACACACAGACUCCAGAAAAUAUGCAUUUGUUCACCAGUGAAUAUAAGUCUGUAAUUAAGCUAACAAAUAUGUAUACGGGGUUGGAAGAUAUAGGAACAUAUUAUAUCCCGUUCAAGAACUUGUUGUUUAACAAAGACCAAGAAGAACCACGAGAUCUGUUGGACCAUGAAAAGUUAUUCCGUACAUAUUCGUUUGAAAUAAUAUUGAGAGAAAAGACCGGGUUAAUAGGAAUGAAUACUAACCCUUGGAUUCACGAUAUAUACCCCUUGUUAGAACGAAUAUCUGGACCCCCAGAAGAAGAAGAGUCUAAAAUCCUUAUGGUAAUUGGAAAUAAGAACACUGGAAAAUCAACUUUAUCAAAACUUUUAAUAAAUUCACUUAUAUUAAAGGAAGAUAAUGGGAUAAACUCCAAAGUGUGCUACUUAGAUCUUGAUCCCGGUCAAUCUGAGUUUUCCAUACCUUACUGUUUAUCACUUUCAGUCAUUUCUCAACCAAUACUAGCAAUGAAUGUUCCUAAAGUCAAUGAUAAUUCGGUUCAUUGCAAAUUUUUUGGGUAUUCUUCUCCCCAGGACUCUCCUAAAACAUAUGUUGGCAUCAUCAAGCAGCUUAUAACUCAUUAUAACACUGAAUACCGAACUAAAGGGUACCAUAUAGUUAUAAACACUCCUGGAUGGGUACGAGGUUUAGGUAAGGAAUUGUUGAUUCAAUUAACUCAAUUCAUAAAGCCAGAUCAUCUACUUUGUUUAAGGGUUCCUUCAGAAGGCGACAUUAUCUUGCAGGGCUUGACCUUCAAUGAGGUGACUUUCUUUGAUGCCAUUUACCAAAGCUCACGUUACUCUGCUUCUCAAUUAAGAUUGUUUAACAAGUUCACGUACUUUCAUCAGAGAACUUCAGGGCUCCAAUUUGAUUUCCUGUGUCAUUUACUUGAUAACAGUCCCUUAAGGCUUCUGUAUGAGAGUGGCCUGGACCCCGUUAUGGGUAUCAAUGGUGUGUGUGUUUUGGGGUAUGAUAUAGGAGUUCAUUUCCAUGUUGAUGAUCUUCAAGAUAUGCUAGAAUGUUCAAUCGUUGGUCUACAUGUCGUUGAUGGUGAAGUGUUCAACAGCAUCGUACCUAUAAAGGACUCGAUAUUGCUACCGAAUUACCUCAGUAAUAAAGACUUUGGUGAUAUAGUUAACGACUCUCAAACCCAGUUUGUUGGUCUAGCUAUAAUUCAUAGCAUUGAUAAGCUUAAUAUGUGCUUUAACUUGUACAUACCCAACCAUCACCACGUGGAACACUUUUUGAAAUCUGGUUACAAGCUUAUUCUUUGUAAGGGAGAAGGAAAGGUUCCAACUGUGGAGUUUGUUAGCUCAGAGAUUUUAAAACGAGUAUCAUCCAAGCGUAAGAAGAUUAAAAAGGUUGAAAAUAUUCCAUAUAUUAAUUUUGAAGCUCGGAACAGAGUUGGUGGGGCUUGGAAAGUAAGAAGAAACAUAAAGAGGGGUGUUAAUAAGUGA